UCUCAUGUAUUUUUUGAUGCUUUAGAUUGAAACUUUCUUUCUUUUCUUACUUCUCUUUUUUCUCUCUCUUUUUUCUGUUUUUAAAUUUGAACUGUCCAAAAUCGCAUCGAACGAUUAGGAUGUGCCGAGCGGAUAUCACAAGGUACCCACCGGCACUGGAAAAUUUCUCGCAACGGAGGCACGAGGCUAAAAUUGUGCUUCUUCAACCCUUCUCUUGAAUUUCACAGAAGGUCCAGUAGUCCCGCGAACCCUUUUUUCCUGUAGAAUCACAGCAUUGCUCGUGUUAGUAUUGGUUUACACGCACUUUCCUUGAUUCUUCAUUCCCGCGAGUAUAUAUAAGCGAGCAAAACUAUCACUCGCCAUGCACUUACCAAAACAGUCAUUUGGAACUUGUUUCAGAUAGAGAGAGAGAGAGAGAGAGAGAGAAAGAGAGAGUGAGAGAGAGAGAGAGAAGAAGAAGAAGAAGAAGAAGAAGAAGAAGACAGAGGGAGCUUCUUAAAGCCUUGGCUUUGGAUUUGAAGGAUUAAUUACUCUAUUAUCAAACCCUUAGACCAUUGCUGCAUUAAAAAUCAAUGGGUCUGUCUCUUUCGUUGCUCUUGUCAGCAUGGAAUGAAAUCCUGGGACACCAAUUUUUCAGUUGGCCGGAAACGGGAGCUAGAGUUGGAAUACAUGGGGAUUUGGCCUUGAGAAUAGUUCCAUAUCAUAGCGAAGAUUCAGAAACCAUGAACAACAAGUCUGAGGAAUUAGAUCAAUUCCCACUAUCGAAUAAACCAAUUGGUGGAACCCCUAUUCAACCGAAUGAUCUAGUUCUGGAAAAAGAGAAUGUGAAGUCAAUGCUUGUAAUGGAAAAAGAUUAUGUCAAGUCCAGGCCAACAAUUACACUUCCUCAGCCCUUGAUAAUGCUUUCUCCAAGACCUAUUAGUGAGCUUGAUGCUGCUGCAACCAAGGUUCAGAAAGUCUACAAGAGUUACCGGACAAGAAGGAACCUAGCUGAUUGUGCAGUUGUGGUUGAAGAACUCUGGUGGAAGGCCUUAGAUUUUGCUGCUCUGAAACGGAGCUCGGUAUCAUUUUUCAACGUUAUAAAACAAGAAACUGCUGCAUCGCGAUGGGCACGUGCAAGGACCAGAGCUGCCAAGGUAGGGAAAGGUUUAUCCCAGGAUGAAAAGGCUCAAAAACUAGCUCUUCAACAUUGGCUUGAAGCAAUUGAUCCACGCCAUAGGUACGGACACAACUUGCAUUUCUACUACGACGUAUGGUCUGAUAGCAAGAGCACCCAACCUUUCUUCUACUGGCUUGAUGUUGGGGACGGUAAAGAAUUAAAUCUUGAAUGUUGCCAAAGAAUCGAUCUCCAAAGCCAGUGCAUUAAAUAUCUUGGACCUAAGGAAAGGGAAACAUAUGAAGUGAUUGUGGAGGGUGGAAAGCUAGUAUUCAAACAAAAUGGCAUGCUAUUGAACACUGAUGAACACUCAAAGUGGAUCUUCGUCCUGAGCACGGCAAGGGCUUUGUAUGUGGGACAGAAGAAGAAAGGUGUUUUUCAGCACUCUAGUUUUAUGUCUGGAGGUGCUACAACGGCAGCCGGUAGAUUGGUUGCCAACGAUGGAAUUCUUGAGGCAAUCUGGCCAUACAGCGGACAUUAUCUUCCAACUGAAGACAAUUUCAAGGAAUUUGUUGGUUUCCUUGAGGAGCACCAUGUGGACUUGACCAAUGUUAAGAUGUGUGCAGUAGACGAUGACAACACCUCGUUCAAACUUACAACUGAUGAGUCCAAGCCAGAACUGGUAGAGGGUUCAUCGACAACUGCAACGUUACCUGAUAAUGGAGCUAUCAAUGAACUGUCCAACACAACUUCUGAUGACGAAGACGCUAAUAUAGAAGUGGCCAAAGCAGAACCACCACCAGUGUUUGAAUUGGCCAAGCGUUUAUCGUGCAAGUGGACUAGCGGGGUUGGUCCACGGAUUGGGUGUGUCAGGGACUACCCAACAGAUCUGCAAUCCCUGGCACUUGAGAAGGUCAACCUAUCACCAAAGGUCACAACAGGCAUGCCCUGGAGUAUUGGUGCGAUCCCAUCUCCACGACCAAGCCCAAAGGUCCGGAUCUCUCCUCGGCUUGCGUAUAUGGGAUUCCCAAGCCCAAGGGUCUCUGCUUCAACUGGGAAUUAGACUCUUCAACUUUCACAACCUUGAGCAAAAGUGCAUUUCUUGUGCCCUUGAUGAAAUCUUGUAGGUAGUGCGUUUGAUGUAAAUGUGAGGGACUAGCCCAGCAUGUUUUGUUCCUUGAUUCUUUUGUUCGUUAGAUUGCGUCGUCAAUUUAAUGUUUUGUAUUUCCUGAAAUUGCUAUUUAAUUUCUACUCAGGUACUCUGUAAUUCAUUCCCUAAGCUGUAAGUUAAUGUACUGUUUUGGAUUUCAGGUUUAAUGCAAAAAUAAUUAUGAACAGGUAA